AUGGCCGCCUCCAUGGCGGGGAGGGGCAAGAAUGCCGGCUCGCUGCUGAGGGCUGCUGGGGGCGGCCUGUGGAGAUCCCGAGCCCCCUCCCCGCCGACAGCGAGGGGCUUCCAGACGGCAGGCCCGCAGCAGACCGAGGAGGAGCCCCCGGCUGAGGCUGUGGUCAACGUGGUCUUCGUGGACCGGGCGGGGAGGAGGGUUCCGGUGAGCGGCAGAGUCGGGGACAACGUGUUACACCUGGCACAGCGACACGGCAUCGACCUGGAAGGAGCCUGUGAGGCCUCCCUAGCCUGCUCUACCUGCCACGUGUAUGUGAGCCAGGAAUUUCUGGAUGUGCUGCCUUCGCCGGACGAGAGAGAGGAAGACAUGCUGGACACAGCCCCGCUGCUGCGGGAGAACUCACGUCUAGGCUGCCAGCUGGUCCUGACGCCAGCAUUAGAUGGGGUUGAGUUCACGUUACCCAGGGUCACCCGCAACUUCUACGUGGAUGGCCACGUUCCCAGGCCCCACUGACCAGGAUGACCGGAUGCCGCCGGAGAGAGUGUGCUGGCCAGAGCCCCAGUGGAAUAAAAGCUUAUAUUUUCUUUA